AAACGCUUCAUAGCAAAAAGAUGAGUCUGGUGACAUUUCUGUGGAUUUUAGUGCUUGCUGCGGGCAGCAGUGCCACGCCUCAAUAUGAUGGUCGCAUUGUGGGCGGCCAGGUGACGGAUAUACUUGAUUUUCCAUACCAAGCUUCCAUACAGCUGCAUGGUCAGCAUAUUUGUGGCGGUGCCAUUAUCGGGGAUUACUUUAUACUUACCGCUGCCCAUUGCUUUGAGGAGCCAUGGGUUGAGCUCGAUUAUAGCGUACGUUUGGGUGCCACAGAGCACGCGGCUGGCGGCGAGUUGCUUAGUCUGCGUCGAAUCAUACGCCAUGGAGCCUACAAUAGCCAGACGCACGAUAAUGACUUGGCGCUGCUGCUGCUCAAUGGACGACUUAACUACACGGAGGAGCUGCAAGCGGUGCCACUGGCUAGCGCAGAGGAUGUACUUACGCCCGAUACGCGGCUCUACGUCAGCGGCUGGGGCUAUCAGAGCGAGGGCGGUGAGGAGGGCGUCUCAGCCGUGUUGCGAUACGUGGAUGUGGCCCAUGUGGAGCCGGGUAUUUGUCGCCGCGCAUAUCGCAAGGUGCUGCCCGUUACCCAGCGCAUGCUGUGUGCCGCCCGGGAAGGCCAUGAUAGUUGCCAAGGUGACUCUGGUGGUCCACUCGUCGGCUAUCAGCAGGACAGUGCUCAAGGCAAGCUCUAUGGCAUUGUAUCCUGGGGCUUGGGCUGUGCACAGCAAGAGUUUCCGGGUGUAUAUACCAAUGUGGCCGCAUUCAGAAAUUGGAUUGAUGCUCAGCUGGGAGCAUGGGGAUGGAAUACCCUGCUUACCGGUUGGAGUGGCCUCCAAAGAUAAUUUAAAUAGAGUGGUCUUUAAAAAGAGAACAUAGUGUUUGAACAAAUAGAUACAAUAGGCAAUCUAGUGUAUAUAGAUAUAAGUAUUGAAAUAUGUUUAAAAAUUACAAUGUUAUUUAAAUACUCUCAAGAGAAGAAUAUUGAAAAAAUAAAUAAGAAAAACAUAUCAUUCAAA